AUGCGUAUGAGCUGUAACGGAUGUCGAGUUCUUCGAAAAGGCUGCAGCGAAAACUGUAGCAUAAGACCCUGUCUCCAAUGGAUCAAAUCCGCCGAAUCUCAAGCCAACGCCACCGUCUUCCUCGCAAAGUUCUACGGCCGUGCCGGCUUAAUGAACCUCCUCAGCACUGGUCCCGAUCACCUCCGUCCUGCGAUAUUUAGAUCGUUGUUGUAUGAAGCAUGCGGGAGGAUUGUGAAUCCUAUUUACGGAUCCGUCGGCUUAUUAUGGUCUGGAAACUGGCAUCUUUGUCAAGCAGCCGUGGAAGCGGUGAUGAGAGGCUCUCCGGUGACUCCAAUCGCAUGUGACAUGGCGGUCACUGGUCAAGCUCCUCCUUUCAACAACACCAACAAGCUCUUUGACAUAAGACACGUGUCGAAAGACGAGAGUAUCGUGAAGAGUCGGUGUAGGUUAAGCCGUGGUGGUGCAUGCAAAGAAGGGAGGAACGUGAGGUCGUCGCUUAGUCACGAGUCGUCGCUUAGUCAUGAGUCUGCGGUGGUGAAGGAUGAAGGGAGUAUGGUUUCUUCGGAGGAGACGAUGACGGAGGAACCGAGUUGGAUCGGGCUAGAGCUGACUUUGGGGUUGGAGCCGUCUGGUGCACGUGGUGGGAGUCACGUGGUUGUGCCGAUUAAGAAACGGAAGUUGGAGAAGUCUGGCACGUGCGAGGAUGAGGAGGAUACGUGUAAGAUUGAGCUUGGACUCGUGUGCAGCGAGUGA